AUUCAGUAAGGCUUGGUUUUCAGCCAGGUAAAACGGUUCGCUGAACUGUUGUUGGUUUUCACCCUGGCAGAUUUAUCUUGGAAACUGCAGUGAGGACCUCUUGAAGUGGCGGAAUGUAACCAAAGAGCUAGUCGCUGUUGAACCUGUGACUGUUGAAUAUUGUGAUGUACCAUGCACAGGUAACUCUAACAUGACCUGUGGAGGUGCAGAUUUUAUUCUGAUCUACGGCCCCUUGGAAGGCUCCAUAGCUAGGCAGCAAUGUGAAUGGUAUGCAGGACUCUAUGAUGAACAGGAGGACGUAUUCAGCUUUGAUAUCACUCUGUCUAUCACCCCUCUGCUUACCAAAGGAAUCACUGAGAUUCUACAGCCCUUUGUUACCUACGAUCACGGUGAGGAACACACCCCUACUAUCCUGCCGUCUGCCCCAUACAGACUUGAAGCUGGAACAAUCUGGUUGGAUAUGAACGUCUGGGUAGCACCAGAGAUUGAAGGGUUUGUACCAGGAGACCUUUUGGAGUUCUACACCGAGGUGUUCCAUAACCCUCUAUCAACGUUAACAGCUAGAGACAUCUCCAUCGUCUGGAUGUUCCCAACGUACAUCGAGUAUGUCAACCUCACUAACCACAAGACCUCUCUUCAUGAAACUAACGCUCUGCAGCCAGCCGAGGCCCUACGCACAGACCCUACCAAAGGCUUCCAAUUUUUUGUGCCUACUCUGCGAAAUACAGAUAUGAUCUCGUUCCACUUCCUAAUCAAGCUGGACCCAGCGAGGGCGCUACCUCAGGGGGAGUACCACAUGGUAGCGCUUGCUGAGACGUAUUAUUACUCAUGGGAUCUCUAUAACCCACACGAGGAUGAGUUCAAACAUAACGUGGUGACGCACUUUCAUGAUGUUAUACCAACUAAGAUCAGUUUUGAAGUUCCUACGACAUACAUGGGAAGACCUGAGCUUUCAGAUCUCAAGUUAUCAACAUACAGCGCUUUGUAUGAUGAACAGCACAAUAUAAUGUAUGCCUGUUUCUACAACAACACCAAGCAUUUUUAUGAAGGAGGAUGCUUCAUGACGGGUAACCUACCGGCCUACGAGGUGGAAUUACCACCAACCUGUGAUGACUUCUGCAACUGUACUUACGUCUGGGACCUGACCCUUGGAGAAAACUGCUCACAGUUUGAACCCAAGCCUGAAAACUGCUCCUGUGGCUGUGUUCCAGACUGCUUAGAGAUACAAUCAGCAUGUGAGGACACCUGUCACAACUGCACAUCCUGUACCUACAAUCAGCUACAAGCCUGCCUCUCUGAUUGCACAGGCAAUCACUUAAACUGUACCCAAGAAUGCUGUCUAGACUCUUGCAGUUCCGUUUCAGAUGGGUGUCUCCUUGAUUGCAGCAACUGCACAUUAGCAGGGGACGUUGGCUCGAUGAAUUGCACCUCAGAUCACAACUGCACCUCAGAUUACAACUGCACCUCCGAUUACAACUGCACCUUAGAUUGCUCUCUCACGCACGGAGUAUGUGCAUUCGACUGCGUCAAACCACCCGACACAUGCACUGAUAACUGCACCUCUGACAGGGGUGCAUGCCAGGAGGUCUGCGAGGGGGUUUGCAAGGGUCAGAAGGAGGUACACUACCCCGGUGUUGAGGUGAACUGUACAGAGAUUUGCGACUGGGAUUGCGUCCGCGUUGAGGACCGUUGCCGAAAGGGUUGCUGUAUGGAUGACUGUGGAUUCAAUCAAACCAUCUGUGUUGAUAACUGUCUGUAUACCUGUAAGGAGGAUGACAUCUGCUCGUCUGGUUGUCAGAAUGUCUGCAUAAUGACCUUUGACUCCUGCAGCACAGACUGCGACCCUCCGAUCGUACCUUGUACAGCGGACUGCAACCAUGAGCUGAGCUACUGUGAAGGAAACUGUAACCAGACUUGUGCCUUGGAGAUCUGUGAGGUUACAAUAGAAGCUGUCAACUGUACAGAUUAUUCAUCAGGCAAUACAACAUCCAAGAACGAAACAGUAGAUGAACAUUUAUACUCGACUUCCACAAAUUGCACAAGCGGAAACUGCACAAGUUGGAACACAAGUCAAGCUCAGAAUUGUAGUAGCAAGCUAAUUGAAGAUUGCUCCCUUGGUCUUGACACCGUGUGCCAUAGCCAGUGCUCCUCAAUUUGCUUUUCGACAUUUGAGGCCUGUGAUGAGCAUUGCUGUCUCGAGGACUGCGUAUUGAAUCGUGGAUUUUGUGUUGAGAACUGCACAGAUGUUUGUGCAGCAGACUUUGGCUGCCUUCAAGCAUGUAGCUUCUCCUGUGCAGAUCAGUUCGACGGAUGUAACCUGGACUGUAUCAUGCCGUUUGUGAAUUGUCGGCCCAAUUGUGACAUACGGCUUAAAACAUGUAGACAGGACUGCCAUCCAUGUGGAGGAUAUAGUCUUCCAAAUCAGACAUUAGAAUCAGACAAUGGAACAAAUUGCCUCAAUGAGUCUGGUAACUGUAAUGUAACUGCCAGUGCCUAUGGAGACAGGAACCAGACAAGUGCAGGGAAUCAAACCGUGGGUUCAGACAACGGAUCUAAUUGCCUCAAUCAGUCUGGCAACUGUAAUGUAACUGCCAGUGCCCAUAGAGACAGGAACCAAACUAUCCCACGAAAUCAGACCUAUGGGAAUAACUGCUUCAAUGAGUCUGUAGUUUGUAAUGGUACUUCCAACAGUUCAACCUGUCAAGAACUAAUAAGAAACUGUACUGAAGCGAGGAAUAUCAGCUCUACUAUGGCACCAACAACCUUGCCGCUCACCCCAGUUAACUGCUCUGUUGAAAUGGUUAACUGUCACACAGACUGUGGUGGGUUCCUUGAAGAUUGUAGAGAUCAGUGCCCAUGUGAGGAGCCUUGCUUCCGUCAGUAUUCAAACUGUUCGUCUUCUUGCUGUGGAUGUGAGGCAAUAUGCCUUGAUGGUUGCGGGUCAAACUGCAGUGCUGCAACUAAUAGCUGUAUGACUGGAUGCAUUGAGCCUACAGUUGAUCCUGUGAAUACAUGUACUGAGACCUGUAGUGCGGACUUUACUGAAUGUCUACCUGGAUGCCUCCAGAACCUGACAGUCAAUAUCACCAGAUUCCAAAACACAUCUAGUGGACCAGUCAACACUUCAGAAUCCAGUACAAGGACAUUUCUGAAUGUGACUUGCCUAGAAGGUUGUGUUGCCACGAGCAUUGGUUGCCUUGUCCCUUGUUUUGACUUGCUCAGUAUCAGAAGCUGCUCAGACAUCUGCUUUCCAGAGACUGGUUUCAGCGAUAACUGUUCAGCGCAGUGUCACACCUAUGCUUAUGGUUACAGCAAUGCAACAUUGAAUAGAACAUUUGAGGGCGGCUUCUCCGAUUGCAUGUCCAGUUGUUCCAACUGGACCCAACAUGAGAACACAAGCAGCUUUAACAGUACCUCAGGUACUCCUACAGAAACACUACCAACUGACUUGCCAAACUCUACUACUCCCGCUUCUACUACGACUCCCAUUCCUGUUGGCAGUAGUUCAACAUACACUACUCAACUAGUUCUAGGAAGCACAGCAUCAAGUUUGACAACGUCCUCGACUUCAAAGACAGGCCAUUGUGUCAAGGAGUGCAGAACCACUUUUCCAUAUGUCUUUGCCAACUGCUCCAACACCUGUUUGACAGAGUUUGAGAAUUGCACCGACCACUGUGUGAUGCAAAACACAUCAGUGGUGCUCAAUGAGUCCUUGGGUUGUUAUCAGGAUUGUGGUCAGAUCUACCAAGUGUGCACAUACGAGUGCACAUACGACCUGGUGUUUGAGAAUUGCAGUUUACCCUGUGAAGAAGUGAAUGAUGUAUGUUUUGAAACUUGCCUCGACUGCCUGGACUGUCGAGAUGACUGCCAUUGGAAAUGUAACAGCGAGAAGUCGACGUGUCUGGGGAUAUGCUUCCCAGUUUCAUGCGAAGACAGUCGGUCAACCUGUCUCGACAACUGCACUUUCUGUAGUUGUACCGAUAGCUGCCAGACCAACUGCUCCUCAAGUGAGGAGGUGUGCAGUGAGCUCUGUCUUCCAGGCGAAGUCAAGCUUUGCAAAGAGACUUUUACAAAAUGUGCGCAGAACUGCUCAAGAGACAAUUCAUCCGGUGCCGAUGUUGGCGCUCAUUGUGUCCUGAACUGCAGUCUUGGGUAUUCUUUUUGCAUGGAUCUGAACUUUGCCAAUUGGACAGACUUGCAGAACUGCUCUUUCGACAGAUGUUCCGAGUUGGACCUGAAUGAAUCAAUGUCAGAGGUCAGAGUUUGUAAUGCCAGUGAGACAUAUAACACCACUUCAAAUGACACCACUGCUGUUUCCUGUAGUACUGAAACUAAAAAUGAGACAUGCAAAAGCUUCUGCAUGAUGUACCAGUCAUUCAACACUUGUGUAUCGUCCUGCAAUAGCUCUCUUUAUAUCUGUCUUGAUAACUGUGAAGAAUGCCUCAAUGACACAGAAUGUUUUGAAACCUGUGCCAAUCAGUGUGUUUAUGAUCAUCACAAGUGCUACACAAGUUGCCAUACCUUAACAUUCCUCAACCAGUGCACAAGAGACUGUCAAGGCAGCAAAGCUGACUGUGACUUUGAAUGCACAAACUGCACAUCGUGUCCUGAUUGCCUACCAACUUGUCAGGAGAGCUAUGCCAACUGCUCAAGAGCACCCUACAACAACACAACAGCAAUCAAGGGCACUUCGGGAGACAACAACAUUCAUCCAAACUGUACAGCUUACCACAUUUGCCUCAGUCCUUGUCACAAUGCUUCUAAUGAGACAUGUUUGGAGAAUGCAAACUGUAGUGCUGCAAACUGUACCCAAGCUUGCCUGCAAGAGUUUAUAUCUUCAAACUGCACCUCUCAGGAAAACUGCUCCGAGUAUUCAAACUUGUGUGUUGGUCACCAGAGGAGGCGAAGAAGUUUGCCUGUUGAGCUUCUUUAUACAGGCCUUGGAGGAUUUAAUGGUCAUCCAAGGAAGACAUACAUCCCCAAUAUCAUAAUCCAUGACCAGAUGAAGCGGAGAUACAUAAAAGAGCACAUUAGGAAAACUAAAGGAAUAGAGGCAUACAGUAGGCUGUUGUUAAAGGAUUCUGUUAAGAAAUUGAGAAAGCAAGGUAGUCAGACUCGAAUCCAAACCUCGGAUUUGAAAGAAGGUGAGUUUCGUCGAGAAUCGCAUACCAUGAGGAUGUCUAGCACCUUGACGACUACUGGUAAGGAAGAACAGAUAUCACCAUCAUCUGAACCGUCCAGGUUCUUUUCGGGCUGGAUAGACUCUGCACUAGGUGGAGGAGGUGAUACUGAAGAUAGACCGGGUUAUGGCAAGAAAUUUUUAAAUUAUGUCAUUGAUUUCAUAAAUCGGAAAUUGGCAGCCAAGCCUCAAACGGAAAGUCGACAACCAUCCAAUUCUGGUCACAGACUACACAGAAGAAGCAUCAACGACUCUGCAGAUGCAGAGAAUGUUACGACUGGCAGCGUCAACCAGACACAACUGCAGAGCAACACGACCGAGUGGCCUGAUGCAACUAAUGAAUCCAACACAGUCGGCCCAAUGGACUACGAGUACCCAGUUUGUGUAAGCAACAUGCAGUAUCUACACUACCAAAGCUGCUUGCAAAAUUGUAGCCUUCUUCUUCAGAUCUGUGAUGUCCAGUGUAAUAACUACAGCAGCUCUAAUGGUACACAAAGAAACUGCACACUUGAGUCGGCCAACUUGGAGAAUAUGGAAACAGGUUAUUACAAUGAAACUGACUCAUCCAACUCUACUAGUUUAAAUUCUACCAUGUGCAACUCUCCUGGUUGCUCAAAUUGUACCAUAAAUAACUCUACCACCUGUUCCAAUUCUACCAUAAGCAACUCUACCAGUCGUUCAACAUCUACCACACGUAACUCACUGGAAUCCUGUAUCAAUUCCUGCUCUGGUAACUGUGUUGGGAUCUGUGAGCAAGUAAGACCUGACGUCCACAGGGAGUGUUUCGCUGAUUGUAACAACACCGUGAACUACUGCAGCUCAUCAAACACUUCAGGCUGCUCCCACAGGCAGGAUGGUAUGCCUGGUCAUAGCCAAGCAAAUGGGACAAUAGAAAGCCAGAACAACUCUACUAUCAACAACUCUACUAUCGAGGGCGCGGAUAGUGAGAAUGCAUCAGCUCCAAAUACAACAUGCUCAAAUGUAACCACCGGCAGCUGCGAUUCCACAAACGUAACUGUCGUAAACCAUAGCUCAGUGGUGACGCCUGCGAAAUGCUCCGAUAAAUGCGCACUCCCUCAAUACGCAAACUUAACAACGUGCCAAUUCCACUGCGACAACUCGUCAGCCUUCAACAACUGCUUGCAGGUCUGUGACAACACCACAUGCGAAGAGCCCAGAACUUGCAACUGCAGCUGUGAAUGUUUCCAUCACCCAGAGCUUAUCAUCAAUCAGAGCUGCACCUUCUUGGACUGGAGCCACAGGAUCGGGUCUUGCCUCUGUAUAGAAGAGGUUGAGGUUUGCUCUUGCGCUUGUGGAUGUGUCGAGCCUGAAAAGAUCUAUGAGACAACACAUUGGAGAGCCCUUCAUUCGACUGUGGGAAACCUCCUGGGUGUGGACCCUCUCACAAACACCCUCUACGCCCUCUCACACCAUGGCCUAGCCAUAAUGCGAAGCCACGACUUUGGUGAGUCGUGGUUCGCCAUCAAGCCCGAUGUCUUGGAUGCCGCAAGGGAUAGCGAGUCGUUCGUUCCGUCCACGAGUCUCAGCGAGGAAAUCCUCUUAGAGAUGGAGCUUAGAGAGGUAGUCUUCGCCUCCAGCCAAUGGAACGAUACGUGGGGAGUUUCUGGAGUUGGAAUUCAUCGCUUGGACAACGCUUCAAGCGACUGGGAGGUCGUUGGUACAUGGCAGUGCUGUAAAAGUCAACCCUGAUUCAGGAUUAAAAAAGGAAAUACUUCAGUGCGUUGUAUUUUUGACCGCAUGAGGGCGCUCUAAUUAGUAUUAUUUUUGUAUCACUUCCCGGGGUAUACUUUAAAUGUGUUAUUGUCCUUGGUGGAUAUGAUAUCUGUGGUGGUAAUGUGUUUCAGUCUUUAGUAACAGUCUUUAGUAACUGUGGUGGUAAUGUGUUCCAGUCUUUAGUAACUGUUUUGGUAUGAAUGAUUAUUCCCUUGGAAGUGAUACAAAGUUUGAGAGCGCUCAUCUGCAUUAGAUGUAUAGCCAUGGAACACCAAGGCUGGACGUCUACAGCCAAGCAGAAAACGUGGCUCUGGAAAAAGUAUUUGGAAAUGUGAAUAAGUAUUAAAGCAUCUUGACAGAAGUAGUUGUCAAAGACCAAUUUACUAUUGCAUUGGUCAUCAUCUUGGUUAUUACCGUUUUCAAACAUCGAGUUUUGCACUAUAGAGGGAUUUUCAAAGGUUUUGUUGCUAUUGUUCCUUAAGCAACUUGUGGAUAUCUGGGAGAAAUCUGUGCUGGACGGCACAAUGUAUUUUGCUCGGAGUGCUGUGCAAAAUUGUUUCAAGACUAGUAUUAUCUCGAGUAAGGACUAGUUACUCGUCCUAACUUAGGACUAGGUUUAAGGUCUUAAUAUCUCCUAGGACAAGUC